AUGAGAAUCAAGGACAUAACACGUACCUCCACCUUUGUUUGGAGUUCAGACGUGAUCCCAUUGCUAGCAACAGGCUCUGUUGCUGGCGCUGUGGACCUCAACUUUUCCGCGUCCCUGACCCUUGAGAUCUUUGAUGUUUUUGACAAAGGUUAUGACCCCAUUUUCAGUGCUACUUUAGAGAACAAGUUCCACGCAUUGGCAUGGCUGAAGCCCUUCGGAAACUACUCAAGAGGCUUGUUGGCUGGUGCUUUUGAAACCGGCGUCGUAGAAUUCUGGGAUGCCGAGAAACUCAUCAGAACACAGUCGUUGGAGGCUUCAUCGGUCCACAAAUCAUCAAAACAUUCCGGCGCGGUCAAGUGCUUAUCGUUCAACCCCCACCAGAACCAUUUACUUGUGUCUGGAGGACAGAGGGGAGAGAUCUUAAUCUGGGAUGCAAGCACGUUUUCCGAGCCAUAUGCCCCCGGUAGAGCCAUGGUGCCAAUGGAUGAAAUCACGUCUGUGGCGUGGAACAACUCUGUCAGCCAUAUUUUGGCUUCGACAUCCAACGGCGGCUACACCAGCAUCUGGGACUUAAAGGCGAAGAGGGAAGUUUUACACUUGCAAUACAACGGCGCUCUUGGUAAGGCUGACUUCUCGCAGGUUGCCUGGCACCCCACGCAGUCUACGAAGUUGAUCACUGCUAGUCAGAGUGAUUCGUGCCCAAACAUAAUGACUUGGGAUUUAAGGAAUGCCAGUGAACCCGAGGUUAUUCUCCAAGGUCAUGAGAAGGGUGUCUUGUCGUUGGACUGGUGUAAAAAGGACGCUGGCCUUUUGCUUUCUUCCGGCAAGGACAAUUCCACCAAAUUGUGGAAUCCUUUGACCGGUGAGAAAUUAGGCGACUACCCUACUGCCGCCAACUGGACCUUCUUGGUGAGCUUCGCUCCAAGCGCGCCAGACGUGAUCGCAUCCGCUUCAUUUGAUGGCAAGAUUGUUGUCCAGACUUUGCAGGACACCUCUCCACCAAUUUCACAGCAAGUCAAGGCUACUGACGAGAAUGAAUUCUGGUCCAACAUUUCUACAACGGACCAUCAGCAACCGCUGUUCGAAUUGAAGCAGGCUCCACAGUGGCUUAAGAGACCAUGCUCAGCAUCAUUUGGUUUCGGGUCGAAAUUUGUGACAGUCAAAACUGUUGAUGGCAAGUCUGUGAUCAACAUCAGCAAGACCACCGCUGGAAAGGAACUUGUUGCUGAUAAGCUUACUGAGGCCCUUAAGAAUGGGGACUUCUCUGAACUUAUCUCCGAGAAGCUACAAAACAAUCCUACGGACAUUUCCGACUGGAAGAUAUUGGAUGCUUUGUCGAAGCAUGGAAAGGAGCAUUUCCUAAAGGAUAUCGUCGAUGGCUCUACCGAAGAAAGCGACGAGAAGCAACCGGCUCAAGAAUUGUCAGGUAGAAUUGACAAUCUGAAUGGUGACGACUUUUUCAGCAACUUAUCCAACGAUGCUGCUCAGGGUUUCAACUCAUCAUCUAACGAGGGUUUUGCUCCUAGUGGUCCUUUCAAAAUCUUGGAUGGUUCCCAUAAUGAAAAAGAUGCUCGUUUGACUAAGCUUAUCUUGAGCAACAAAAUUGGCAAAGCUGUGGAUCAAUGUUUGAGUCAAGGAAGAUUGUUAGAAGCCUUGGUUUUGUCUCUAGACCAAGAUGAUACCGUGAAAGAUAAGGUCAAAGCUCAGUAUUUCAAAGAAACCAAUUCUGAUGUGUUAUCUCGCUUGAUCUUUUCUGCAUCAUCCAAAAGUGUGGUCGAUCUUGUUGCGAAUGCCGACAUCAGCAACUGGAAGGAAAUUGCUUCAAGUAUUUUCGCAUACUGUACUGACAAAACUGAAUUCAACUCAAAGAUCGUGGAAUUGGGUGACCGCAUUCUUGAAUCCCGCCAGUCAGCUGCUGAUCGCGAGAACGCAUUAGAAUGUUAUUUGGCAGGUGAGGCAUUGGACAAGGUUUCUGCCCUUUGGUUGCAAGAGAUUCCACUGGAAUCCAACAAUGGAACUAUCGCUGAGGAUGGCGAGACUCCAUUGGAUGCAAAGUUCAAGUCAUUGAGCGGAUUUGUUGAAAAACUUUCGGCAUACAGAUCCCUUUCGAACAUCACCAGUACUCUUUCUGGUCCAGCAAUUGAGCCAACUUGCAACGCUGUCUUUGAAUUCUCAACAAUGGCUGCAAACAGUGGUAAUUUUGAGUUGGCGAGGGAAUUUUUGUCCAUCCUUCCCGAGAACUACGAUGGGUUGAAGGCUGAGCAGGAGCGUAUCAACAAGGCUACCGCUCAACCAGUUCAGCGUGUUGAGCAAGGCCGCAGGAGAUAUACCCAACAAGGCGCUGCCAAUGGUAGGUUCAGUGGAACCUCUCCAGCGAAGCCUGGUUUCAAUCCUUUGGCCAACAAUGCUGCUCCACCAUACGGUGGAGGUGCUGCUUUCGGGCGCCCCCCACCUGCUGCUGGAAUGAACAAUGCCUAUCCUGGUGUUCCUCAACCUACCGCACCAUCGGCAGCUCCAGCCGCUCGUGCAGCUGCCAACCCUUACGGUAGACCAGCUCCAGCACAAACUGCUCCGGCACCAGUGGCAGUCGCCCCACCUGCAAGCUCAUAUGCUCCAACAUCAUCAAGAGUUGCUUCUGGUGUCGUUCCUCCACCUGCAGCUGCCAAUAUUGGCAAUGUGUCUGGUCCUACGGGCGCCAGAUACACGCCUCUUCAGCCUGCUACAUCCGUCGUGAGCCCUCCUGCCCCACCGCAGCCAACCAACAACGUCAAGCAGGAAACUGAUGGAUGGAAUGACUUGCCUGACACUUUCAAAGCGCAAAAGUCUGCCAGGCGUGCAACUCCUGCAGCUGUCUUGUCUCCCAAGGUACCUACACCCCAGGUUGCAACUGCUCCAUUGGCACCACCAACUAGGAAGGGUGCUGCACCAAUGAUGCCGCCACCACCAAGAGCUGCUUCAAGACAAGCUUCGCAUUCUGGUGCUUCCAGUCCUAGAAUCAAUGCUGCUUCUCGUCAGGCUUCGGUCAGUAACAAGUACGCUCCUCCUCCAUCCUCCAUCCAAAUCCCUCAACAAAACGGAUUGUCAACACCUGGAAGUAAGGUUGCUACUCCGCUGGCUCCACCCAAGAAUCCUUAUGCUCCAAGUCAAAGUGCCAACCCUGCUCCAACCAAGAGCUCAUUUGUUCCUCCACCUGCAAACAACUUUGCACCCACCUCAGUGAAUCAAUUCCCUCAGGCAGCUGCUCCACUGCAGCCACCAAACCCAUAUGGACCACCACCUACGGCUGCCGCUGCACCCCCAAGCAAUCCAUAUGCUCCUCCACAGCAAUCGUCGCAGCCUCCAUCCAAUCCCUAUGCCCCAUCAACCGGUGCUAGAGGUCCAAGAGGUCAGUACUCUACUCCUGCGUCAGCGAGAGCCAGCAGAAAACCAUCAAUUGGAAACAUUGCACCUCCUCCACCCAGGGCUCAGGCUAACCUUGGAUCGCCUCAUUUAGGGCCACCACCAACAGGACCACCUCCUAGAAAGGUCUCCACCCAGCCUCAGCCUAGUGUCGGGGCUCCACCAGCUGCAGCUCCACAGGGUCCUCCAGUCACCCAGGUACCUCCUCCUAAUGCUGUUUCACAACCACCACCAUCAUCGGUGCAACAUGGACCACCCGUUUCUCAAGGACCACCACGCAGUGCUGCUGGACCACCACCUCAAAGGAAGACUUCUGCUUUGCAGCCACCUCCACAAACACAGGCUCCACCUCCACAGGCACAGGCUCCACCUCCACAGGCACAGGCUCCACCUCCACAGGCACAGGCACCUCCACAGGCACCUCCACAGGCACCUCCACAAGCCUCCGCUCCGCCAACUGCAGCACCUGCUCAGAAUGGCACAACAGCCUCGCCCUCGAAGGAAGUUGACGCUAUCAUCACCACCUUCACGAAGUAUAAGGAUCACAUCAAGCCUGCGGCUCCUGCGAAGUAUGAGAAGCACGUUAUUGAUAUGGAGAAGAGAUUAAACAUUUUGUUUGAUCACUUGAAAAAGGGAGACUUGGUUUCUCCAGAUGCAGUUGGAAAGUUGAAUUCGAUCGCAUCUGCAUUGGAGAGCAAGCAAUGGGGCAAUGCAUCAAACAUUAACACCGAUAUUCUGGCUAAACACCCUAAUGAAAUUGGUACUUGGCAUGUCGGUGUGAAGCGUUUGAUUACCAUGGCAGAGGCUUUCGAUGCCUAA